AUGAAUGUGGGAAGAGCCCACCAGCACGGUUUGCUGACGUGUGAAGAGGAAGGCCUGAGACUGAGCAGCAUGCCUGCUGUGGGAAGCUUCGGCAAUGGCAAGAUCCACACCAGACGCCAGAGACACAGCCGCUUCGUCAGCAAGACGGGCCAGUGCAACAUCCACUUCUUAAACAUGGACGACAAGUCAAGUCGUUACAUAUCGGAUAUGUUCACCACUUGUGUGGACAUACGCUGGCGCUACAUGUUCCUGGUCUUCAGCCUGGUGUUUGUGGUGUCCUGGCUGAUGUUCGGCUUGGCCUUCUGGGUGAUCGGCCUCCUGCACGGCGACAUGGAGCAUCCCGCUGAGGAUGAUAGUUUCGUACCAUGCGUCACACAGGUGAACACCUUCGUGGCUGCUUUCCUGUUCUCCAUUGAGACCCAGACUACCAUCGGGUACGGAGCUCGCUGCGUGACAGAGGAAUGUCCCGCUGCCGUCUUCAUGGUGGUCUUUCAGUCAAUUGUAGGCUGCGUCAUCGACGCCUUUAUGAUUGGCGCCAUUAUGGCGAAGAUGGCGAGGCCGAAAAAGCGAGCGGAGACACUCCUGUUCAGCCGCAACGCAGUAAUUGCCAUGCGUGACGGAAAGUUGUGCCUCAUGUUUAGGGUAGCCAAUCUAAGAAAAAGCCAUAUAGUGGAGGCUCACGUGCGAGCCCAGCUGGUCAAGCCUCGUUACACAGAGGAGGGCGAGUACAUCCCUCUGGAUCAGAUCGACAUGAACGUAGGCUACGACAGAGGCACCGACCGCCUCUUUCUGGUCGCGCCAAUCACCGUCAUCCAUGAGAUCGAUGAAGACAGUCCUCUGUUUGGCAUCAGCAAACAAGAUCUGGAUGUCUCCGACUUCGAGAUUGUGAUCAUAUUAGAAGGUCUGGUGGAAGCCACCGCCAUGACGACGCAGGCGCGCAGUUCCUACCUGUCGUCAGAGAUCCUUUGGGGUCACCGCUUCGAGCCGCUCAUCUUCGAGGAGAAGAGCCAGUACAGGAUAGAUUACGUCUACUUUCACAAGACCUUCGAGGUACCAUCCACCCCGAGGUGCAGCGCUAGGGACAUGGAGGACAGGAAGUUCCCAACGUCGGGCGCUAACUCCUUCUGCUACGAGAACGAGCUGGCCUUCAUCAGUAGAGACGAGGAGGAGGAAGCAGACUUUGACAAAGAAGAAGACAGACAGUGUUCUACAGCUCUGCUGAGUGAGCACAGCACCCCUGAACGUGAUCAAAAAUCAUCCAGUAAAGAAUCAGAGAUUUAA